GCGCUGCAGAGUUGAUUCAAAGAAAGUUCUUAGAGAAAGAUCUUUCUCUUGGUUUGACUUGGGAUAUUUGGAUAGUUUUAUUUCCUCAGCACCAAAACGCACGUGUCUGGUUUUGCUUCUGCUGACCGGAAUGCGCUUCAUGAGCCUAUAGGUCACCUCGACCCUUGACGACGCGGUGAGCGCCGGAUGCGCAAGAGCGCGGACGAUAUUCGUUUUUUCUUUUUUCUUUCCUGACGCGCGCGCGUUGCCUGUUCCUCUGCAGCACGAGCACAUCACAACGCGUCUCGGCGCGCGCCCAUGCGGACGCCGCGGAUUGGCUCCGAGCGGCUCGGCGGCGGCGGUUCGCGUGCGUCCGGCUCUCGUGAACGGCUCGCGUCCGCGCCGCUGACAUGCAGUCCUUAAUCUCACCGGUGACCAAAGCGAUCUUGGUUGCCUUGUUCAUCUUCGCCAUCUUGCUUAUCCUCUACGUGAUCCUGUGGUACAUAUGUCGUGACGUGGACUGCGACCACGGCAUCUGAUCGCGCGGUCUGCGCGAUUUUUUCCCCCCUUUUUUUCCCUUGGAGGACGCGAGCCGCCGUGGGAACGGGGAUGACCCCGCCGUGUUUUGCCCAGGCAGAAUGGGAGGGUUGCCAUAGUGACGGGAGGAGCCAGAGGAAUGGGCUAUGAAACUUCUCAACACCUGGCGAGCCUGGGCACGCAUGUGGUCAUCGCUGGAAAUGAGGAGGAGGAGGGUCUCGUAGCGGUGAAGAAAAUCCAGAAGGAGAGCGGACACAAGAAAGUGGAGUUCAUGUACCUGGACUUGGCCUCCUUGAAGUCCGUGCGACAGUUUGUACAGAGAUUUAAAGCCAAGGGUCUGCCUCUACACAUUCUCGUCAAUAACGCUGGUGUUAUGCUGGUCCCAGAAAGAAAGACCGAGGAUGGAUUUGAGUUGCACUUUGGACUGAAUUAUUUGGGCCACUUCUUGUUGACCAACUUGCUGCUUGCUGGGCUGAGAGAUUCUGGGCAGAGCAGGAGGUGCUCCCGCAUCAUCACCGUAUCCUCAGCCACUCAUUAUGGAGGAAGACUUGAUCUAAACGACCUGCAGGGCAGGUCGUGUUAUAGUUCCCAUGGUGCGUACUCUCAGAGUAAACUGGCCCUGGUGCUUUUCACAUACCACCUGCAGGAGCGGCUGUGGGCUCGAGGUGAUCCUGUAACGGCUAACGUAGUGGACCCUGGCAUGGUGGACACAGACUUGUACCAGAACCUGUGCUCUCCUGCUCAGCUGGCUAAAAAACCUGUGGCCAAACUGCUCUUCAGGACUCCAGCCGAAGGAGCUUCCACGGCCGUGUACGCCGCCGCCGCCUCCGAGCUGGAAGGACACGGCGGCCUGUACCUGUACAACGGCCAGAAGAAGAUCUCCUCAGCGAGCUCCUACGAUAAGCAGCUGCAGGAAAAGCUGUGGACCAAGAGCUGUGCCAUGGUGGGGCUUCAGGAAGCCUGAGGAACAUCCCCUUCCUCGCUCAUGAGCAUUCAGGUCAUGCUUACGACGACGGAGGAUCAUUUACCGACAAUUUCGUUUUGCACUUUGUCUCAUACUCGGUAUAUGAUGUUGAUAGAAGAAGGAGUUCUUACUUCUUCCUUUGUAGCAAUCAGUGAAGAUUGAUUCUUCUGUCUGAAGGUAAAUAGUUAGUAUACCAUUUCCAAGCCCGGUGAGUCAUGAUUCUGCACUAUGAGAACUUUUCUUACAUUAACGCUAAGAACCAGAAUCAAUGCAAUAACAAGUUCUACUGAUUUGCCAAGCUGUGGCUCUUAAAUUACUGUAAAGAAAAAAAAACAAAACUUGACCGGUGGAUCACGGUCAUGUACUGCCUCAAAAAAAGAAACGCUCUGCCUCUGUUUUCAUUUUCUCCUGCUUCGGAGGGCAAAAAAAUCUCGUCUUGUGCUGACUUCAGUGGAUUCCCCUGUUCCUGUGUGCUCCUUUUUCUCUCUGCGCUAAAUCAAACAUGCUCUAACACUCUAAUGACCCAUCGCAGACGCACAAGCGGAAAUGCUACAGCGCCGGAAAUUUGAUAAAGCUUCAUUUUUUUGGUUUUUUAAGUAAACAUUUCCCUCCAAUUCUACGUAGCUUUUCCGAAUGCUACUUAUUCCUGCUAGGAUCGUAUUUUUCUUUUCCUUUUUAUUAUUUGGUCUAUCUUGGUGACUGUGAUGUGUUGGAAAAAUGUGAUUGAUUGUAGUGUCUGACCAUUCGACUAAACUGCUGUAGUGUUCUGUUUUUUCCCCCCCGUCACAUGCGAGAGAAAAUGUUUGAAUUUUAUAAAUACGCUAUCUGGAGUGUUUGGAUACUUCCACGUCCUGGUCAAGGUCUCGUCGUGAAUUCCCGGCGCGUGAUUCAGUAAUUAAAUCAAAUCAGAAAUGAAUAGAGAGAAAAACAAAAAGACUUCUAGUUUUCUAGCUCCCUUUGUGUGAAAUCCAAAAUGACUGGGAAAGCGUGAACAUUCCUCCAAGUGCUGCUUCCUUCCUGCAGAAAAUUUCACUUGUAUCCGUGUCAAAUGUUACUGUGUUCAGUGUACAGUGUCUUGUAUUUAUGUGUCAAGUGACCAAUGAGUUGACCGAUCGUGUGCUCAGAACAUGUGCCGUAACAGUACGCUUAACGGUCUUCGUGUGAACUCCAUUCUUCUGCCGUUAACCAAUCACGAGCCGGGUUUUCUUACAUCCCCGGCGCACUGUGCGAUCGGCUGCUCGCUAAUCAGUCGGAGCCGUUCGGCUUUCAUCCCAAUCGCGAAGGGUAAUUACAGCCCUAAUUUGCAGCCCUUGCGUGAUUGCUUCCUUGCACGGCUACAAGUCGCUUUAAUUAGCUAGCGAUAAGGAGGUAAGGAAUAAAUCCGUAACAAUAUUGAGGAUUGAUCAGAAACGCAAGCUCAGGAGGAGAUAAUUGCACUCGCUCUUGAUUAUUAAAGGCAGCCGCGGCUCACUGUGAACGGUUCCAUCGUCUAUUAACACUCGACACGAGAUGUGGAAGCGUCAAACGUUCGGAGGAAAAUAUAAAGAAGAAAGGAACAGGCAAACGUAUUCGCUUUGGUCGAAAUUUCCAAAAGAAACCUUGAAAUCAGUGUUACUUCAGAUGUGGUGUGUUUAUUUGAUGUGUGAUGCUGGUGGGUGGAGAAUUAAAGUAUAAUUUUUGUGCAAUGAGAAACUUCCCCUUGUCGAUCGAGAAAAAUUAAUAAGAUCGGCGGUUUGGUUUGGAAACUGUUAGAUCAGCCGUGUGCUGAGUGGCAUAAAAAUGUCAUGAGUGUGUGUGUUUGUGUGUUUGGCUCUUCACUGUAGGAGUACUUGACUCAUCAAAGGCUGAUGGGUCACGUUUUCCCUCGGCGGCGUGGGCGAAUCAAACGGAUCCGUUUGAAGUCCUGACACGUGUCUCCUGCGUCUUCCACCGAUCAUCACCCAGCUGAAUUUAAUAAACACACUCAAGUGCAGUACCGACUCACCAGUACACGACUUCCGCCUCACCCAACGAUUAAAUCUGGCAACCCGUAUAUAUAUUAAAUAGAAUUACAAAACGUUUAUGUUUUUGCGGCGGUGUCUAUAGGUGGAAAUGACAUUAAAGCUGAAAAUAAGCGUAUGGAAUAAGCGUCAUGAUUAUUUGGUGUUCGUGUGAAAACUUGUGCUCCGAUCCUAAAAGAGACCACCAACAGGAACGCGACGGAUUAUUAUGAUGUACUCUCCUUACACUACUUGAGAACAUGGUUUAUUGUAACAGUACCCUUUUUUUCCUGUAUAUUAAAAUCAUUAAGGUUUUUUUUUUUUCCAAAAUAAAAAUAUUCAACAUUGCUGCA